AAGAUGGCGGCGCCCCUGGAGCGGUCUUGAAUCACUCUCCUCCAACACAUCCCCUUCCUCCACCCCGCAACUUCCGGAUGUUUCCGCGGCUGCGGCUGCGGCGGCCUCGGCCUCGGCUUACACCCGGGCUACGGGCCUGGAUCAGUGAUGGGGCCAGGAGUCCCGCUCGGGACCGGGCAGGGAAGGAAAGGCGUCAGCAGCAACGGGUGGAGGCGAUCGUGUCCCGGGCCGGGGGCUUGAAACAGGCUCAGGGGGAGCAGCCGUGGUUGGAGCCCAAGCCUAUUACUUACCUUGUGCCAACACCGUCUGGAGAGAAGAAAGAUACCUCUGGGCCCCUGCCCGACUCGUACAGCCCGCAGUAUGUCGAGGCGGCCUGGUACUCCUGGUGGGAGCAGCAAGGCUUCUUCAAACCUGAGUAUCACCAACACUUAACUCACCGUGAGGAGUCUACCUUCUCCCUGUGUAUCCCUCCGCCCAAUGUAACCGGCUCCCUCCACCUGGGGCACGCUCUCACCGUCGCAAUUCAGGACGCACUGGUUCGAUGGCGGAGGAUGCAGGGCUCGCGGGUUCUCUGGGUCCCUGGGUGUGACCAUGCUGGAAUUGCCACUCAGGUGGUGGUAGAGAAGCAGCUGUGGAGGGACCAAGGAGUCAGGAGACAGGACAUGACACGGGCCGAAUUCCUGAGGGAGGUGUGGCGCUGGAAGGAAGCGAAAGGUGAUGAGAUCUACCAUCAGCUCCGGCGUCUGGGGGCCUCACUGGACUGGGACCGAGCCAGCUUCACCAUGGACACGGGUUACUCAGAAGCUGUGACGGAGGCGUUCGUGAGGUUGUACGAAGCCGGCCUGAUCUACCGCAGGCAGAGGCUGGUCAACUGGUCAUGUGCCCUGAACUCUGCCAUCUCCGACAUCGAGGUGGAGAGCCGGGCACUGACUGGCUGCACUUACAUCGCGAUACCUGGUUAUCGGAACAAGGUGGCUUUCGGGGAGAUGGUCUACUUCGCGUACCCGACAGAAGAUUCUGGUGAGGAGGUUGUCGUGGCGACGACGCGGCCCGAGACCAUGCUGGGAGACACGGCAGUGGCGGUUCACCCAGACGAUGGCCGCUACACGCACCUCGUGGGGAAGAGACUGCGCCACCCCUUCACGGGCCGUCUGCUGCCCGUCCUCGCCGACGGGCUGGUCGACCGGGAGAUCGGCACGGGAGCUGUCAAGGUUACCCCUGCCCAUGACCACACCGACUACGAGCUCAGCGUUAGGCACCAGCUCCCGGUCAUCUCCAUCUUCAACGAGGAUGGCACCAUGGCAACCGAGGCUGGGCUCUGGCUCCAGGGUAUGAAGCGGUUUGAUGCCCGUGGACAGGUGCUGGCAGCUCUCUCGGAGCGGGGCCUAUAUCGUGGUGUGAAGGACCACUCGAUGGUGCUGCGAUUGUGCAGCCGUUCUGGUGACGUGGUGGAGCCGCUCCUGAGGAGCCAGUGGUACGUACAGUGUCGAGAUCUUGCACAGAGAGCGCUGGAGGCCCUGGACCGAGAAGAGCUGACCAUGGUCCCCAGCUCCCUCCAGAAGACCUGGCGCAGUUGGCUCUCCAAUAUCAGUGAUUGGUGCAUCUCCCGGCAGCUCUGGUGGGGUCAUCGCAUUCCAGCCUAUCGCGUUGCCUUCCCCGGCUCGUGUGACCUGGAGGGAGAGGCAGCCGGGCUGUGGGCCAUCGGCAGGACAGAGCAAGAGGCUCGAAGGAACGCAGCAAAGCAGCACAGGGUAAAGGAGAGCGAGAUUACACUGGCACAAGACGAUGACGUCCUGGACACUUGGUUUUCCUCGGCUCUGUUCCCGUUUGCAGCGAUGGGUUGGCCACACGAGAGGCCUGGCUCCAGGGAUUUCUACCCCAACUCGCUGCUGGAGACAGGGAGCGACCUGAUCUUUUUCUGGGUGGCGAGGAUGGUCAUGCUGGGCCUGCCAUUGACAGGAGAGGUGCCUUUCCAACAGGUCCUCUUUCACUCCAUGGUGCGGGACUCACACGGCCGCAAGAUGAGCAAGUCGCUGGGUAACGUCAUCGACCCGCUGGAUGUCAUCGUGGGUGUGUCCCUGCAGCGUCUCCACGAGAAGCUGCAGGAGGGGAACCUCGAUCCUCGGGAAUACCGCAUCGCCCUGCAGGGGCAGAAACGGGAUUUUCCGCGUGGGAUUCCAGAGUGCGGGACAGAUGCUCUCCGAUUCGCCCUGUCCUCCUACAAGUGCCAGGUAAACGAUGUCAAUGUGGAUGUUGUCACCUUUGUGAACUCACGCCGCUUUUGCAACAAGAUCUGGAACGCCAUGAAGUUUACGUUUUCCGCGCUGCCCACGGGUUUCCAGCCGCUGCCAGUGCACAUGGUAGAGUGGGGAAAAGGCAGUGAGCUGGUGCAGAGAGAACGAAGCCCUCAGAAAUGCAUGCACUCUCAUUCUCAUUUUCAUUCUCACUCUCACACUCACUUUCACUCUCUCAUUCUAGCUGUCACUCAUUCAUUCUUGCUCUCGCUCUUGUACAUGCUCUCAAACUCGUUCUCUCUCGCUUUCUCUCUCGCUCUCUCUCACACUGUCUCUGUUACUCCCAUUUCACACACUUCCUCGCACACGCCGCUCUCACUCGCGCACACCGCCCUUCCAGCUGAUAUCCGUGCUCCUCUUGGGCAGGGCCUUAUCGAUCCCCAGAAGGAGGUGGAGAGGCUGUCGGCAAAGCAGCGACAGAUCGGGGAGCAGCUGUCAGCCGCCAUCACCAGGACGCUUAUCCCUGGAUAUGAAGAGAAGGUUCCAGAGAGAAUCCGAGAGGAGAACACCCAGAAGGUUCGCUCUCUGCAGGCAGAGCUGGAGCGAGUGCUGCAGGCCAUCCGCGGUCUACAGGGCCUUUCGGAAAAUCCACGGUGACAGGUCCCGAGGGGCAGUGUGACCUGGAAGCCGCGGUUCCGUCCUCAGGGAAGACUGAUCCCUCCCCUCACCUGGCCGUGCCGUCUGGGAUUGUUGCUGAGCUAAAUCCUGUCUGUGCCAUGGGCUUAGAUGAAGGGGAGCAACUCCGAAGCCAGGCUGUGACCUGCAAUUUUCAACUUUGGCCUGAGACACAGCAAGAUGUAGAAUGUACGCUGUGGGUACGCCUAAGAGCCCAGAACUGGAGUGAUUGGAUCGGGGGGAAUGGCCUGACUGUAAAUAAAAGGUUUUCAAACACGG